AUGACAUUGCGUAGCAUACUACUGACAUUCGUCACAUUGCAAGCCAGCAGGUUAGACGCCCUAAUAUAUCCACAAUCAAGCACUUUGGGUCUUGUUCACUCAGUUUCAUAUCCAGUCGUUGAGUAUCUUCCUGAACGUAGUAUACUUAUAGAUUGGUGCUUUCAAAUGUCCUAUGCUCUACCUCCAACAGUUUCGGCUUUUUAUAAUAUACCAAUUUGGCCAGGUAUAGCAAAGCCUAAACAACGUAAGAAACGUGCCGCGUAUAAUCAAACCGAAAGUCUAGAAAUACAACAGCAUUUGCAGUGGCUGGAGAAAUAUAAACGCAAAUUAGGCGAAAAUCAGCAUCCAAUGGAUUUAACAGCCGGUGAACUCUACCGCGGCAUUGAGGACUACUUAGAGAGCCUUGGCCUCGAUGACAGCUGUCUUCUGCGCAGCGUUUGUGAAUUAGCUCAACAUCCAUUUGACGAUAGAUAUCACACUAUACUCACUGAGCUGCUGACAUUUGUAUUAACGCCAUCUCUUCAUCAAGGCUUCGCCAACCACGAGCAAAUUUACCAAGAAACAUACGUAGCGGCAGAACUGCAUGGGUUUCUGGGGGAAAAUUGCACUUUUUUAUAUGCGGAUUGUCAGAAAGACUUAUUGAGUGUUGUCACGAAAAUCAUACAAAUAAAUGUUUAA